UUCACCCUUGAAAAUGGAGCUUCUCUUCUCAAUUUAGUGGCGAUUUUUAGGGUUCCUUUCUCCAAAUUUGGUGGCGAUUUCUGGGGUUACACAGGCACUCAAGCACCCGGUCCGUAUGUUGUGACCAGAAGCUUCAGCCAUGGCUGAAAUUAAGAAGCUUCUGGACCUUCUUACUGAAGAAAAUGCCAUGGUCGAUCUCUCUCAGAGGUUGCGAUCGGAUAAUGCAAAAUUAGGGUUAUCGGAGUUGGCGUCCAUCAUAGAACAAUCCAUUAAAGAGAAUGAUGAUGGAAAAUUGGUGUUUCAGAUAUGGAAUGAGUCACAGAUUGAAUCCCUUUUGUCAGUUUUAAGUUAUGUUGUAUAUACUACUCGCUCACUUACAGUUGAAGCUGCAGAAUCAGCACUUGUUAGGGUUUUUGAGAGCUCUGUGGAGUUCUGCAUUUAUUACGUUGAGAAAUGUGGACUUAAUGGUGAUCAUGGGGCUGACUUACAGAAAACUGUUAUACACCUGCUGGAAAUAGCUCUACUUGAUAAAGUAGAUACAGAUUUAGAUUCAGUGAAGUUAGAUUCUCCGGCUGUUCUUAUGGAUUGCUUGCCAGUCAUCCCUGCUAAUUCAAGCAGGGUGAAACAGGACAGAUACAUGAAGUGUACCCUGCGAGGGAUCAAUUGUUCAGUGAAAGCUGAGCCAGUGGACACAGCUAUGCUUGCUUUAGCUUCUGAGUAUCUUCCAGCGAAUAGGCAGGUUUCCCUCUCAACUGAAGAUGUGCCCCAUCAAGACUGGAAUAGCAUGAUAUCUCUUUCACAGCAUUGGGCAGUUGUUCAUGGGAAGUGCAUACCUCGCCUGAUUAAUAUAUGCAAAGAGCUGUUAAAGCCCUCACAGCUCUCUGAUGAACACAAUGGAGAUUCACAUUUUCAGUCAAUAGUAAUACUUUCUAAAAGAAUUCUAUCAUUAGUUGCAAGGCUUACAAGGGAAGCUCCAUAUGUUGCUUCUGAUGUCGAGUUGUUACUUCAAGCAGCAGCCUUGGCUGAAUUAUUGCCUGAGUUGUUUAAACACAGGCACGACCCUCUCAACUUUGAUUCUUGUGCUGAGGAGAAAAGAAUUGAGCAUCACCUUAUGGUACUAAUGGAGGACUUCUUUCAUUUUGUUGAAGCUGUUUUUCAUAGUGACAACAUCUUCCUCAAUAUAAAGACAUGUAUUUCUGCUUCUAUGUUGAACAUCUUGGAUACCCAAGUAUGGAGUUAUGACAAACACAGUUCCAUUCAAAAGCCUCCAUUGGUUUUUGCACCUCAGGUUAUCAUGUAUCUCUUGAAGCUCAUUGGAGAAGUGCGUACUCAGACAUGUCAGGUGCUUAGUUGGAAGCAGAAAUCUGAUAUAAACUCCGUUGAAAAUUUCAUGAAUUCAGAGAUUGGUGUUGCUCCUUCCUUUAAUAUUAGCUCCGAGAAAGUUUCUUUGGUUGAAAGAUAUACCAGUGAACAGCUUCUUAGGCUUAUUUUUCCUAUCGGAGGUCACUGGCUUGAUGAUUUAAUACAUCUUGCCUCUUUUCUUCAUUCACAAGGGGUGAAAUAUAAGGUGAAAAAUGACAGAUUGCGCCAAGUUCGUGCAAAGAGUCCUGCUCCUUCUGACAAGGAUCCUGCAGUCAGUCAUGAAGAUGAUGCUUUGUUUGGGGACCUUUUUUGUGAACCUGGCCGUCAGGGUGGGAUGACUGAUACUCGUGAUCAACCACCUGUUGCCUCUGAUAUGAUAAAUAUUGGCACCAACAUACCCCUUCAAGGUGCUAUUGAGCUACUGACUUUUCUUAAAAGCUCCAUCUUUUCCCCUGAAUGGGAUAGUUCUGUUUGCAAGGAAGCAUGCGUGAUGCUUCAUGAGAGGCAUAUAAGCAUCUUACUUUCCAUGCUCCAGUUCCAAGUUUGCCUGUUUGACGAAGGGAUACCCAAUAGUGCAGUUUCGGCAUGCCAGAAACAGCUCGGGCAUGUUUCUGAUGUAAGCUUUGACCUAUUGUACAGCCUCCUUGCACGCAGAGCUUUAUCCAGGUGCCUUGAAGAACACCUUGCUAGCCAAAUUCUCAAGGUAGAGAAGGGACACUUUGUCUAUAAUGACUAUACUCUUGUUUUGUUAGCUCACGCUAUGAUUUCUAGGGUUGGUCUUAGUGGGAGACUUUUUAGAAUCAAAGUUUUUGAAGCAUAUAUUGAUUUCAUUCUUGAAAAGGCAAAUGAUGUGUGCUCAAAUUGCCCCAGUCUUGGAGAUACAUUUGCAGGUCUCCCUUCUCUUUUCCACUUUGAAAUUCUUCUUAUGGCUUUCCACUCGUCCUCGGUUUCGGAGAAAGUUUCCUUUGCAAAGAGGGUGUUUGAUGCUCUUCAGGCAGUAAGCCAUACUCCAGCUGAAUUCAGCUGCACACUAUUGACAGCUUGGUCUUUGCUAGUAUCACGGUUGAUUUUGAUUCUGCGUCAUAUGAUCUAUUACCCAUCAACAUUUCCUUCGUGGCUUCUUUCACAUAUUCGAACCAAGUUGAGGGAAGUGCCAUCUCGAGGAAGCUCUUCUGGGAUUGUAAAUGAUCGUUUACUAUCAUGGGUAUCCACUACCAUACAAAGUAUCAUGGCUGUAUGGGUUAAAGAUCGACCAGUACUCGGUAAUUUGCUUCCUCUAUUGAUAGAUGUUGUUCCUGUUCCUAAUUCAGCUUCUUUAGAUGGCCAAGUCCUUCAAGAUCUAGGUCUGAAUCAGGAUGAUGUACAUGAUGCCUUCUCACAAAUAUUAGGAUUGUGGAAAGGUAAGAAAGCUGAAGCAGUGGAAGACCUCGUUCUUGAAAGGUACUGUUUUCUACUUUGUUGGGAUACACUAUCUUGUAUUAGGUCUCCAUCAGUGAGAGUUGACACUUGGAGCCUUGAUUUGGGAAGAAUGGAUUCUUUCAUUCAAUUCAGCCAUUUCCUGGUAAGCAAGGCUGAUGUUACCAGCUAUAUUGGUAGUGGAAACUUCACAGAAGUUGUCACCAGUGUCCUUCAACAGCUUAGUAUUACCCAUGAACCAUUUCAAGUUAAAGAGAGAACUUGGGACUUUUUAAGGGAUGGAGCUUGGCUCUCUCUGAUUCUUUCUUUGCUUCAAGUUGGCAUCGGGAGGUUUUCUGAAAAGGAUGCAUUGCAAGGACUGGAAUCAUGUUGGGUGGAAGAUAUACACGGGGGCAACUAUUUCUUGUCGAUCGCUGAAAGUGUUGUGGUUGCUUUGUUUCAAAAUAACCAGGUUGGAUCCGUGAUUGAGUGGCUUUCAGUUCUAUUGCAUAGAUAUUUGCACGCCCUUCAAGAGGCAUUUGUUAUGGCCCUUGAUCGCCAGGAAUGUGAGGUGGGCUUGUUUUCUUCAUCGCUUCUUCUCAUACAAUCUGGAUGUGAACAAUGCCCUGAGGCUGAGCUGCUGGAGAAAAUUGGAGCCAGCCCUGCCCUGCUAGAAUAUCUGUAUGGUCUUGGGUCAAAAUUGAAUGAGCUUGUUGAGAGAGAAGAUUUAGAGAACCUGAGUCGAGCGUUCCGCAGAUCCUUGUUGCAUGGUUUUCCUUCACAUUUACAAACUAAUAGUGGGGCUCUUCUUUCUUGUAUUGUCUCUGUGGAAGGGAUAAUCUGCACAUUCGAGAGCUUAAUCAAGGUCAAAGAUUCUACAGGGGCUAUACAUAUAGACGAUGAUGUGCUGCUCCGUCUUCUUGAUUCAGUCAUGAUGGUUAAACUUGGAAGGAUUUUUGAACAUAUACAUGGAAAGCUUGAUGUUAUAUACAGCUACUUCUUCCCAUCUGAGAAAGGGAACUUGGAUCAUAGUGUGUUGUUCUUACUGAAGCACAUGGAAAAUUUUCUCAAGGAAGUGGUUUCCAGAGAGAAAAUAAACUUGGGUGUUCUUGAAGUUCUAAUAAAAAAUACUGUUGAUUUGGUUGACCGCAUCAGGAAAGACCCAGCUAAAGUUGACAGUCUAAAAUGCUAUUUGGGCAUCAACAAUGACAAGAAUAAAGAGGCCAAGAAGCUUUACCCUAUACAGAAUGGCAAUCUAUUGGUUCUUUUGGAUGUCUUGGAUACUUGUCACACUGAAGCAGUGAGUAUGAAGAUUCUGCAAUUGUUUAAUGAUCUUUUGUCUGGAGAGCUUUGUUGUAGCCUUAAAGUGGAAGCACAAAAGAAAUUCUUGGGAAUGGAUUUGGCAUGUUUAUCCAAAUGGCUUGAAAAGAAGUUGUUGGGAUGCAUGAUUGAAACUUCAGGAGGAGUUUCGACAGCCAAAGGAAGCCCUGUUGCACUCAGAGAACUGACUCUGAAUGUCAUAAUCUGCCUUGUAUCACCAUCUUCUGAGAUUAAUUCGAAAGAACUUCGUCUUCACUUUGUUGAAGCAAUGCUUAUGUCCCUAGAGGAUGCGUUCAUGCAAUUUGACAUUCAUACAGCCAAGGCUUAUUUCAAUUCUAUCUUUCAGCUCUGUAAUGGAGAUUCUUCAAUGAGGCAUCUUGUGGAGAAAACUGUGAGGCUGAUGGACAAAUUUUUGUGUGAUGAACGAUUCCUGGAAGGCUUAAAAUUUCUUUUUGGUUUUCUCUGGAGUAUCCUAAGUGCAUGUGGAGCUAAUAAAGGCACUGGGGAUAAGUUUUCAGGUAAGCAUUGGUCGAGCAGUAGUUCUGGAGCUGCAUCCACUAUUCCUAGAACAGUUGGCAGUGUCUCAAGCCAAGGUUCAGAGACAUUGGUUCUUCCCUCAAGUCAGGAGUCUGGUUCUGCUACGGUUGACUGCGAUGCAACUUCAGUUGAUGAAGAUGAAGAUGAUGGUACAUCAGACGGGGAAUUGGCUAGUGUGGACAAGGAUGAUGAUGAUGAUAGUAACAAUGAAAGGGCCCUUGCAUCUAAAGUUUGCACAUUCACUUCAAGCGGCAGCAACUUCAUGGAGCAACACUGGUAUUUUUGUUACACAUGUGAUCUAACUGUUUCCAAAGGUUGCUGUUCUGUUUGUGCAAGGGUGUGCCAUCGAGGUCACCGUGUUGUCUAUUCUCGCUCGAGUCGUUUCUUUUGUGAUUGUGGGGCAGGUGGUGUUAGAGGAAGCAGCUGCCAGUGCUUGAAGCCUCGUAAAUAUACUCCUUCCAAUAGCGCUCCAGUUCGAGCUACAAAUAAUUUUCAGCCAUUCCUUUCUUUCUCUGAAGAUGGAGAAUUACCUCCUGAUAGUGAUUCAGAUUUUGAUGAAGAUGGGCUUGCAGACAUUGAGAGCUCUUUCAAAUUAUCCAUCCCAAAGGAGGAACAAGAAGGACUUGCACGCUUGCUGAUGAAUGUUGAUGUUGAGAGUCUGCUUAUUCAGCUUUGCAGUAGAUUACUACCAGCUGUAACAGGCAGAAGAGAGUGUAAUCUCUCAAAAGAUCAGAAAGUGGUAUUGGGGGAUGAUAGGAUUUUGUCAUACAACACUGAUCUUUUGCAACUGAAAAAGGCAUACAAAAGUGGAUCAUUGGAUAUGAAGAUCAAGGCAGAAUAUUCAAAUGCAAGGGAACUGAAAACCCAUCUGGUUAAUGGUUCCCUAAUCAAAUCUUUGCUCAGUGUUAGCAGGCGUGGCAGACUUGCUGCUGGGGAGGGUGACAAAGUUGCAAUUUUUGAUGUGGGGCAGCUAAUUGGACAGCCAUCAGUUGCACCCAUAACAGCAGAUAAGACCAAUGUGAAGCCUCUUUCAAAAAACAUUGUUCGCUUUGAGAUAGUUCAUAUUCUUUUCAACCCCUUGGUAGAAAAUUAUCUUGCUGUUGCAGGUUAUGAAGAAUGCCAAGUCCUUACUGUUAAUCACCGUGGGGAAGUGACUGAUCGUCUUGCUGUUGAACUUGCUUCUCAAGGUGCUUAUAUUCGGCGGAUAGAUUGGGUUCCUGGUUCUCAAGUGCAACUGAUGGGGAUCACUAACACUUUUGUCAAGAUCUAUGAUCUGUCUCAAGAUAAUAUAAGUCCCAUGCAUUACUUCACCUUGGAUGAUGAUCUGAUUGUGGAUGCGACACUUGUUACUGCACCUCAGGGGAAAAUAUUUCUUCUUGUUCUCUCAGAACUUGGUCGCUUAUUCAGGCUUGAAUUGUCUAUGGGAGGUGACGUGGGGGCUAAACAAAUGACUGAUAUCAUCGAACUUGAUAAAGCUCCACAUUCGAGAGGUCUUUCUUUGUACUUCUCAUCAACCUUCCGAUUCCUUUUCUUGUCCUAUCAGGAUGGUACUACCUUGAUUGGCCGCCUGGAUGCCAAUGCAAAGACUCUUACUGAAAUAUCUGCCAUUUAUGGGGAUGAGCAGGAUGGUAAAUUGAGGCCUGCUGGGCUGCACCAUUGGAAAGAGAUGCUUGAUGGUAGUGGUUUCUUUGUUUGCUUCUCUUCUCUAAAGUUGAAUUCGAUACUUGCUGUAUCUAUAGGAGUCCAUGAGUUACUAGCACAAAACUUGCGACAUACUGGAGGAAGCUCAUCACUAUCUCUUGUUGGUAUAGCCGCAUACAGGCCUUUAUCGAAGGACAGAACCCACUGCCUUGUUCUAUAUGAUGAUGGAAGCCUGCAGAUAUAUUCAGCUAAUUCUUUGGGAUCCAAUUCUGGAUCGAAUUUGACCUCAGAUCAUGCCAAAAAAUUAGGAUCUGGAAUCCUCAGCAGCAGAGUAUGUUCUGGUUCCAAUCCAGAGUUCCCUCUCGACUUCUUUGAGAAAACUGUUUGCAUUUCACCUGAUGUGAAGUUGGGAGGUGAUGCCAUUAGAAAUGGUGAUUCAGAGAGUGCUAAGCAAAAUUUGGUAUCGGAUGAUGGCUAUCUAGAAAGUCCCAGCGCUUCUGGUUUUAAGAUAAUCGUCUUCAAUUCAAAUCCUGAUAUUGCCAUGGUUGGUUUCCGUAUACAUGUCGGAAAUACUUCAGCAAGUCAUAUUCCUUCUGAGAUCACCAUUUUCCAGAGAGUUAUUAAACUGGAUGAGGGUAUGCGUUCAUGGUAUGACAUCCCAUUCACUACUGCUGAAGCACUUUUGGCUGAUGAAGAAUUUACAAUCUCUGUUGGCCCGACCUUUAAUGGCUCUACUUUACCCAGAAUAGAUUCUUUAGAAGUUUAUGGUCGACUUAAGGAUGACUUCGGUUGGAAGGAAAAAAUGGAUGCUGUUUUAGACAUGGAGGCCCAUGUACUCGGUGCCACAUCUGGGGUUUCUGGGCAUGGAAAGAAGUAUCGGCCAUUGCAAGCUGUUUCAUUGCAAGAACAGGUUAUAGCAGAUGGACUUAAGCUCCUAUCUGCAUAUUAUUCCUUGUUUAGGUCUCAGGCAUGCGCUGAAAUUGAGGAUGCAAAGAUAGAAUCCUGUAAACUGAAAUGCAAGAAGCUAUUGGAAACAAUAUUUGAAAAUGACAGGGAGAUUAUGUUACAAUGUGCUGCCUGCCAUGUUCUUCAGACGUUGUUCCCAAAAAAGGAGAUGUACUAUCAGGUCAAAGAUGCUAUGCGUCUUCUUGGUGUUGUAAGUGCUUCGCCAGUCCUUGUCUCAAGGAUAGGAAUUGGUGGAGCAACAGCUGGAUGGGUAAUUCAAGAGUUUACAGCCCAAAUGAGAGCUGUGUCUAGGAUUGCUUUGCAUCGUAGAUUGAAUUUUGCUGCUUUUCUGGAAACUCAUGGUUCUGGCGUAAUUGAUGGACUUAUGGAUGUUCUUUGGGGAAUACUGGACUUGGAGCAACCUGACACACAAACUAUCAACAACAUUGUCAUACCCUCUGUGGAGCUGAUCUAUUGCUAUGCAGAAUGCUUGGCUUUAAAUGGAAGCAAUGCAUCUGCAAAAUCUGUCGCACCUGCUGUUCUAUUGCUCAAGAAACUUCUUUUUGCUCCUUACGAGGCUGUACAGACUUCAAGCAGCUUGGCUAUAUCAUCUAGGCUGCUCCAGGUUCCAUUUCCAAAGCAGACAAUGUUGGCCACUGAUGAUGUUGUGGAGAGUAGUGCAUCAGCCCCUGUAGCUUCUGAUCCAACCAAUGCAAAUGGUGGGAACACACAAAUCAUGCUUGAAGAAGACUCUACCACGUCAUCUGUUCAAUAUUGCUGUGAUGGUUGCUCCACUGUUCCUAUACUUCGACGAAGAUGGCAUUGUAAUGUUUGCCCUGACUUCGAUCUAUGUGAAGCUUGCUUUGAAGUAAUGGAUGUAGAUAGGCUUCCCCCACCACAUUCUAGAGAUCACCCUAUGUCUGCAAUUCCUAUUGAAAUUGAUUCUCUUGGGGAAGAUGGGAACGAAAUUCACUUUGCAAUUGAUGAACUAAGCGAUCCAAGUCUACUUCAUGGCACUACCAAUAACAAUGUGCAAAAUUCACCUCCGUCCGUUCAUCAAUUGGAGCAUAACGAAUCUGGAGAGUUCCCUGCUUCUCUAAUUGAUCAGAGAAUAGUGACAAUUUCAGCUGCAAAGAGAGCCGUGAAUUCAUUGUUACUUGGCGAGCUGAUAGAGCAGCUGAAAGGGUGGAUGGGAACAACUUCUGGUGCUCGUGCUAUACCCAUUAUGCAACUGUUCUACAGGUUGUCAUCUGCAGUGGGUGGACCUUUCAUGGAUAGCUCAAAGCCUGAAAAUUUGGAUUUAGAGAAAUUUGUGAGGUGGUUUUUGGAUGAGAUCAACUUGAGUAAACCUCUUAUACUUAAAAUGCGUUCAUCAUUUGGGGAAGUCGUUAUCCUUGUGUUCAUGUUCUUCACCUUGAUGCUUCGAAACUGGCACCAGCCUGGCAGUGACAGUUCUCUACCAAAAUCGGGGGCGACUUCUGAGACACAAGAUAAAUCUGUUUCCCAAUUGGCAUCAUGCCCCUCGACUAUGGGUUCCUCAUCUGCAAAUGAUGAUCAAGACAAAAGUGAGUUUGCUUCUCAGCUGGUUCGAGCUUGUUCUGCUCUUAGGCAGCAGCCUUUUAUCAACUACCUUAUGGAUAUACUACAACAGCUGAUGCAUAUUUUUAAAUCACCUUCUUCAAAUCUUGACCCUGGGCAUGGAUUAUCAUCUGGGUCGGGUUGUGGUGCAUUGCUCACUAUUCGUAAAGAAUUGCCAGCUGGGAACUUUUCUCCUUUCUUCUCAGAUUCAUAUGCCAAAGCCCAUAGGUCAGAUUUUUUUGCCGAUUAUCACAGGCUUCUGUUAGAGAAUACUUUUCGUUUGGUAUAUGGCUUGGUUAGGCCUGAAAAAGUAGAAAAAUCUGGGGAAAAGGAGAACGUCUACAAGGCUCCCAUCAACAAGGAUUUAAAACUAGACGGUUAUCAAGAUGUCCUUUGUAGCUACAUCAGCAAUCCUCACACAACAUUUGUGAGGCGGUAUGCGAGGAGGCUUUUCCUGCAUUUGUGUGGAAGCAAAACCCACUAUUACAGUGUAAGAGAUGCAUGGCAGCUAUCAAGUGAAAUCAAGAAACUCUUCAAGCUUGUAAAUAAAUCUGGUGGUUUUCAGAACCCUCUCCUAUAUGAGAGAAUUGUGAAACUGGUUAAGUGCUUGUCUGUGAUAUCUGAGUUAGCAGGGGCUAGACCAAGAAACUGGCAAAAAUAUUGCUCGAGGCAUGGAGAUGUUCUCCCCUUCUUGCUGAAUGGUGUCUUCGUUUUUGGUGAGGAGUCUGUCAUCCAAGCUCUUAAACUUUUGCGCUUGGCAUUUCAUACAGGGAAGGAUACAGGCCAAGCUCAACAGAAAGGAGAGGUGGGAGAUGCGGCAACGGGCUCUAACAAAGCUGGAACACAAUCUUCAGAUUCAAAGAAGAAAAAGAAAUCAGAAGAAGGAAGUGAAGCUAGCUCUGAGAAAUCUUAUAUUGACAUGGAACAGUCAGUUGAAAUCUUCACUGACAAGGAUGGGAAGGUCCUACAGAGCUUUAUUGAUUCAUUUUUGCUGGAAUGGAACUCAUCGGCUGUUCGCCUUGAGGCCAAAUGUGUUCUUUAUGGUGCUUGGCAUCAUGGCAAACGAUCUUUUCAGGAGACGCUGCUGAAGGAACUUCUUCAGAAAAUGCAUUGUCUCCCCAUGUAUGGCCAAAAUAUCACGGAGUUCACAGAGCUCCUGACAUCUUUACUGGGAAAGGGAGCUCCUGAUAAUGGUCUGAAACUCCAGGAAACAGAACUUGCAAAUUCAUGCUUGACUUCUGAUGUAUUGAAGUGUAUCUUUGAUACACUUCGUUCCCAGAAUGAGCUUCUGGCCAAUCACCCAAAUGCUCGUAUUUACAAUACUCUGAGUGGUUUGGUUGAGUUCGACGGCUACUAUCUUGAGAGUGAGCCCUGUGUUGCGUGUAGCUGUCCUGAGGUUCCUUACAGUCGCACAAAGUUGGAAUGUUUGAAAUCUGAGACAAAAUUCACUGACAAUCGCAUUAUAGUGAAAUGUACUGGAAGUUACACAAUUCAAUCGGUGACCAUGAAUGUGCAUGAUGCUCGCAAGUCAAAGUCGGUGAAGGUUUUGAACUUGUAUUACAACAAUAGGCCUGUUGCUGAUCUUUCAGAACUAAAAAAUAAUUGGUCUCUGUGGAAACGUGCAAAGAGUUGCCAUCUUGCCUUCAAUCAAACAGAGCUGAAGGUUGAAUUCCCUAUUCCCAUAACUGCCUGCAACUUCAUGAUUGAACUGGACUCAUUUUAUGAGAAUCUCCAAGCUUCUUCUCUUGAGUCCUUGCAGUGCCCUCGCUGCAGUCGUUAUGUCACUGAUAAGCAUGGGAUCUGUGGCAACUGUCAUGAAAAUGCCUAUCAGUGCAGGCAGUGCCGUAACAUAAAUUAUGAGAAUUUGGAUUCUUUCCUGUGCAAUGAGUGUGGGUAUAGCAAAUACGGUCGUUUUGAGUUCAAUUUCAUGGCAAAGCCAAGUUUCACUUUUGAUAGCAUGGAGAAUGAUGAGGACAUGAAGAAAGGGCUCAUCGCAAUUGAAUCAGAAUCAGAAAAUGCUCAUAGGAGAUAUCAACAACUUCUGGGAUUUAAGAAACCUUUGCUUAAGCUUGUAUCUAGCAUCGGUGAGAGCGAAAUGGAUUCUCAACAGAAAGAUACAGUUCAGCAGAUGAUGGUCUCCUUGCCCAGUCCUUCUUGUAAAAUAAACAGGAAGAUUGCUCUUCUUGGUGUUUUGUAUGGUGAGAAGUGCAAAGCUGCUUUUGAUUCAGUGAGCAAGAGUGUCCAGACUCUCCAGGGCCUUCGUCGGGUUUUGAUGAACUAUUUGCACCAGAAGCAUUCAGAUGAUAUGAUGGCCUCAUCGAGAUUUGCAGUUCUUAGGUCUCCAAAUCAUUGUUAUGGAUGUGCCACUACAUUUGUUACCCAAUGUUUGGAACUGUUGCAUGUGUUGUCAAAAUACCCACAUGUUAAGAAAGAGCUUGUUGGUACUGGCAUAUUGUCUGAGUUGUUUGAAAACAAUAUUCAUCAGGGCCCCAAGACGGCUCGCAUUCAGGCAAGAGCUGUUCUUUGUGCAUUUUCAGAGGGUGAUGCAAGUGCAGUGACUGAGUUAAACAAUCUGAUAAGAAAGAAGGUCACAUAUUGCCUAGAGCACCAUCGUUCUAUGGAUAUUGCCUUGGCGACUCGUGAGGAGUUGCUAUUACUUUCUGAAACUUGUGCUGUUGCAGAUGAGUUCUGGGAAGCUAGAUUGCGAGUUGCUUUUCAGCUGUUAUUCUCUUCGAUCAAGUUGGGUGCCCGGCAUCCUUCUAUUUCUGAGAACAUUAUUUUACCAUGCUUGAAAAUGGUAUCUCAGGCUUGCACCCCUCCAAAAUCUGAAUCAGUUGAUAAGGAGCAAAUGUCGGGGAAAACCACAUCAGUUCCACCGACAAAGGAUGACAGUAGUGGAGAUUCACACUCAUCUAUAAGUGGCCUUGCUAAUGGGAAUAAGUCACAGUCUGUAUCAUCAGAAAAGCACUUGGAUAGCUACAGGAAAGGGCAGAAUAUUCAGUUAGUAAGCUAUUCCGAGUGGGAAAAAGGAGCCUCUUAUCUUGACUUCGUGAGGAGGCAAUACAAAGUCUCGCCGGCAGUCAAACCUAUUCAGAAGUCUCGAAAAGACUCCCAAAGGGUCGAUUAUCUUGCUCUUAAAUAUGUCCUGAGAUGGAAAAGGCGUGCUUGUAAAGGAACGCUUAAGAGUGCAUUCUCAACAUUCGAACUGGGAUCAUGGGUUUCUGAAAUAGUCUUGAGUGCAUGUUCACAGUCUAUAAGGGCUGAGAUGUGCACGUUAAUUGGUUUGCUUUGUGCUCAGAAUUCAUCUAGGCGGUAUAGAUUUUUGAACUUACUGAUGGCGCUUCUUCCGGCUACUCUUUCUGCUGGGGAAAGUUCUGCUGAGUACUUCGAACUAUUUUUCAAGAUGAUUGAGUCAGAAGAUGCAAGGUUGUUUCUCGCUGUAAAGGGAUGCCUGAGUACUAUAUGUAGGUUGAUAACUGUCGAGGUGGGAAAUGUGGAGUCACAAGAAAGGAGCCUACAUAUAGACAUAUCACAGGGCUUUAUUCUACACAAGCUCAUUGAACUUCUCAGCAAAUUUCUUGAAGUGGCAAAUAUUCGAGCAAGGUUCAUGCGAGAUGAGCUUCUGUCUCAAGUAUUGGAGGCUCUUCUUGUCAUCCGGGGUCUUGUAGUACAAAAAACAAAAUUGAUAAGUGAUUGCAAUCGGCUAUUGAAGGAUCUCUUGGACAGUCUUCUGCUUGAGAGCAGUGAAAACAAGCGCCAUUUCAUACGAGCCUGCAUUUCUGGUUUACAGAUCCAUGGAGAAGAAAGAAAGGGACGAACAUCUCUGUUUAUUUUGGAGCAGCUUUGCAACAUGAUAUGCCCAUCAAAGCCGGAGCCAGUCUAUUUAUUAAUACUGAACAAAGCACAUACUCAGGAGGAGUUCAUCCGGGGUUCAAUGACUAAGAAUCCUUACUCCAGUUCAGAGAUUGGUCCAUUGAUGCGUGAUGUCAAGAACAAAAUUUGCCAUCAGUUGGACUUGUUAGGUCUCCUUGAGGAUGACUAUGGUAUGGAAUUGCUUGUGGGUGGCAAUAUAAUAUCUCUGGAUCUCAGCAUUUCUCAAGUUUAUGAGCAGGUCUGGAAGAAAUCACAUAGUCAAUCACCAACUCUCAGUACUGGCUUGCUAUCUGGUGGUGGAUUUAAUUCCAAUAGAGAUUGCCCACCUAUGACAGUGACUUACAGGCUUCAGGGAUUAGAUGGUGAGGCUACAGAGCCUAUGAUCAAGGAAUUGGAUGAGGAUAGGGAGGAAUCACAGGACCCUGAAGUUGAGUUUGCUAUAGCUGGUGCUGUGCGGGAGUGUGGUGGACUGGAAAUAAUUUUGAGCAUGAUCCAGCGGCUGAGGGACGACGAGCUCAAGUCUAAUCAAGAGGAGCUGGGAUCAGUUCUCAAUCUCCUCAUGUAUUGCUGCAAGAUUCGGGAGAACAGGCGUGCCUUAUUAAAGCUAGGUGCACUGGGCCUCCUCUUGGAGACAGCUAGGCGUGCCUUCUUUGUCGAUGCUGUGGAGCCUGCAGAAGGCAUACUCCUGAUUGUUGAGAGCUUGACGAUGGAGGCUAAUGAGAGUGACAUUGGCAUCUCAGAGAGUGUGCUUGCUGCUUCCAAUGAAGGCACAAGCUCGGGGGCCGGUGAGCAAGCAAGAAGGAUAGUCUUGAUGUUCUUAGAGCGGCUUUCCCACCCUUCUGGCCUCAAAAAAUCAGCAAAGCAGCAACGAAACAAUGAGAUGGUGGCUCGAAUACUUCCCUGUCUCACAUAUGGAGAACAAGCUGCCAUGGAAGUGCUGAUACAACACUUUGAGCCUCAUUUGCAAAAUUGGGGAGAGUUUGAUAGGCUUCAGAAGGAGCACCAAGACAACCCUAAAGAUGAGAGCUUGGCUGAGAAAGCAGCUGCUCAGAGGUUUGCUGUAGAGAACUUUGUGAGAGUAUCUGAGUCACUUAAAACGAGCUCGUCUGGAGAGAGACUCAUGGACAUGAUUCUAGAGAGAGGGAUUACUGAAUUAGCUGUCGACCAUCUUAGAGAGAGAUUUUCCAUUGUUGGGCAGGAUGAUUUCAAGUCUAGUUUGGAGUGGGCAAGUGGUUUGAAGCUACCAUCUGUUCCAAUAAUUUUGUCGAUGUUCAAGGGGCUUGCAGUAGGCCAUUUGAGGACACAAAGGUGCAUCGAAAAGGGCGGUAUCUUGCCAUUGUUUCAUGCUCUUGAGGGAGUUUCAGCGGAGAAUGAGAUUGGCGCAAGAGCCGAGAACUUGCUUGAUACGCUAGCUGACAAGGAGGGGAAGGGGGAUGGAUACCUUGGGGAAGCAGUGCACAAGCUAAGGCAUGCAACGCGGGAUGAGAUGCGGCGACGGGCUCUGAAAAAGCGAGAGGAACUAUUGCAGGGUCUUGGGAUGCGACAGGAGCUAGCAUCUGAUGGCGGAGAGCGCAUUGUUGUUACCCAGCCAGCCAUUGAGGGCCUAGAUGAAGUCGAAGAGGAGGAAGGUGGCCUUGCUUGCAUGGUGUGUAGAGAAGGAUAUACACUCCGGCCCAAUGAUAUGCUUGGUGCCUACUCUUAUUGCAAGAGGGUUAACUUAGGGGGUGGUGAAUACGUAUACACAACAGUUAGCCACUUCAAUGUCAUCCAUUUUCAGUGUCACCAAGAGGCCAAACGGGCAGAUGCAGCACUCAAAAACCCUAAAAAGGAGUGGGAAGGUGCGGCACUCCGAAAUAACAAGACUCUGUGUAAUUGCAUCUUUCCACUUAGGGGGCCUGCUGUGCCUAUUUUGCAAUAUAGUCGUUGUGUUGAUCAGUAUUGGGAUAACCUUGGCUCACUUGGGCGGGCUGAUGGUAGCAGGCUGCGGCUUCUCACUUAUGACGUUGUACUGAUGCUGGCUCGCUUCGCAACGGGUGCCUCUUUCAGUGCCGACAGCAAGGGUGGGGGGCGCGAUAGCAACUCUCGCCUCCUUCCUUUCAUGCUCCAGAUGAGCUGCCACCUCCUCGACCAACCUGGAUCUACUCAACGAUGUUCCCUUUCCAAAUCCAUCUCUUCCUAUCUCUCUCAAAACCCAUCUCAAUCACAAUUGGACCCACCAAAAACCCCUCCUACCCCUAAAACGCCUUCUCCCCAAAGUGAUGAAACAGUCCAAUUCAUGAUGGUUAAUUCCCUCCUUGCUGAACCUUACGAUGUGUGGGCCCAUCAUCGGCUUGCCUUUCUCCAACGCGGGCUCCACCAUGCCUAUGCCCAAUACAAGCAAGGCAGAUCUACCCACUUCCGCCUCUCACCCGAAUCCAGCCAUCGAAAAGAUGAUCCAGCGAUGCCUGGCUCCAGUAGUGGUGAGGACCUCUUCGCAAUAGUGCAACCAAUGCUUGUAUAUACAGGUCUCGUUGAGCAGUUACAAAGAUUCUUUAAGCCCACAGAGGUUUCCGGAAAGCAGGAAUCAGGUGCCGGGAAACCUGAAGCUGGAAAAGAGGUGGAGGAGUUGGAGGGGUGGGAGAUGGCGAUGAGGGAGAAGCUGCUCAAUGUUAGAGAGAUGGUGGGUUUCUCUAAAGAAGUGUUGGGGUGGCUCGAGGAAAUGCAAGGGGCUGAGGAUUUGCAAAAGGCUUUUGAUGUGGCUGGAAUUUUGGUGGAUGCUCUUUCUGGUGGGUUUUCAAGUGUUGAGGAGUUUGUUCGGGCUUCCAUUGCUACCUGAAAUUAGCAUGUAAGUCGAGAAGUUGUGAAUGGAUGCCAGAAAAUAGUGCCGAGAACUCAAGUUGUGGAGACAGGGAGAUAGAGAAGAGAUGAGGAAUGGCAUGGAGCUAUAUGUUGUUGGGGGGUUUUACUGAUUGUGCUUUGGCUGCUUUUACUGAACCUGGAGGAUAAUUGUUCAGAGAUGGGAGUUUCUCUGUUAUAAAGGUUUCUUUUUCUCUCUGCCUUGAAAUAUCUCAUCUAUGAACUCUUUCCUCUCUCACAUUGCCUGACCUUUAUUAUUGCACUGCCAUUCCCAUCUUCUUCAGUUUCCGGGGGGUGGAGUCGGGACGGUAUACGAAAUGGAAAAUUCAUUCUCACAUUAUGGGGGUUUGAGCUGGUUUGAGUUUGCCAAGGAGUUGGCAGUUUAUUGCAUUGGAAAAGAAGAGUAGGUUUUUGGGAUCUAGGGUUUUAUGCUUGGCUUUCUGGAGGAUUUGGUUGAGAUUUUUAUGGUCUUGUAAGUUUGUACAUGUGCCUCUUUUAUCUUUUUCUCUGAUUUGACUUGCAAAUGUAUUAGUAUUUGCCCCAAAAGUUUAUAAUUUGGAAGGGGCCAACUCUGUGCAGGCUUACGGUUUGCCCGUUUAAUGUAUUAUGGACAAAUCUCUCUCUCUC